AUGUACAGGAGGAGAAGCCGGAGUAGAACUUGGGACAUAUGCAGAGUAAACGCCGGUUUGAGACGGAUCAUCGACCUGGGACUCGGGAGCAGGAGUGGCCAGACGCGGACCCCUGGACAAGCCAGAAAGACCCUGUACAACGCCUGCACAGCGAUAACUGGGAUUGCGUGCGGGGCAGUCUACAGCGGGGCAGUCUACAGCUCUACAGCGGGCCAGUCUACAGCGGGGCAGUCUACAGCGAGGCAGAGGGAGACCGGGAAAAGACCCAAAUACAACGCUGCAACCACUACGUGUGAAAGGGACCAUCCCACGCAUCCCGACACCUCACCCACCUGCGCGGAUUUGGACAGCGGGCCCGGACCGGAGGAUGUUUAUUUGACAACGCCCUGCUGUGACCCGGUCUGUGUGUCUACAGCUCCAAUCAGUGGUGUGGCAGCGGUGAUCGGAGGUGGUGCGGGUCCAGCUGGGGACUAG